CGUCCGCCCGUCCGUCUGCCCGCAGGCACUGCCCGAGCCAGCCGAGCCGCCGGAGCCGCCGGCCGCGGGGGCGUCGCGGGCCCAACCCCAGGAUGCUCCCCUUCGCCUCCUGCCUCCCCGGGUCUCUACUGCUCUGGGCGCUGCUGCUGUUGCUCUUGGGGGCAGCCUCUCCCCAGGAUUCGGAGGAGCCUGACAGCUACACGGAAUGCACAGAUGGUUAUGAGUGGGACCCGGACAGCCAGCACUGCCGGGAUGUCAAUGAGUGCCUGACCAUCCCGGAGGCCUGCAAGGGGGAGAUGAAAUGCAUCAACCACUAUGGGGGCUACUUGUGCCUGCCCCGCUCGGCUGCCGUCAUCAACGACCUGCACGGCGAGGGACCCCCACCACCAGUGCCCCCUGCUCAACACCCCAACCCCUGCCUAGCAGGCUAUGAGCCUGAUGAUCAGGAGAGGUGUGUGGACGUGGACGAGUGUGCCCAGGACCUGCACGACUGCCGCCCCAGCCAGGAGUGCCAUAACCUGCCUGGCUCCUACCAGUGCACCUGCCCCGACGGCUACCGCAAGAUUGGGCCUGAAUGUGUGGAUAUAGAUGAGUGCCGCUACCGCUACUGCCAGCACCGCUGCGUGAACCUGCCUGGCUCUUUUCGCUGCCAGUGCGAGCCGGGCUUCCAGCUGGGGCCCAACAACCGCUCCUGUGUGGAUGUGAACGAAUGUGACAUGGGGGCUCCAUGCGAGCAGCGCUGCUUCAACUCCUAUGGGACCUUCCUGUGUCGCUGCCACCAGGGCUAUGAGCUGCACCGGGAUGGGUUCUCCUGCAGUGAUAUUGAUGAGUGCAGCUACUCCAGUUACCUCUGCCAGUACCGCUGUGUCAACGAGCCAGGCCGCUUCUCCUGCCACUGUCCGCAGGGCUAUCAGCUGCUGGCCACGCGCCUCUGCCAAGACAUUGACGAGUGCGAGUCGGGUGCGCACCAGUGCUCCGAGGCCCAAACUUGUGUCAACUUCCAUGGGGGCUACCGUUGCGUGGACACCAACCGCUGCGUGGAGCCCUACGUCCAAGUGUCUGACAAUCGCUGCCUCUGUCCGGCCUCCAACCCGCUGUGCCGGGAGCAGCCCUCGUCCAUCGUGCACCGCUACAUGAGCAUCACCUCCGAGCGGAGCGUGCCUGCCGACGUGUUCCAGAUCCAAGCAACCUCCGUCUACCCCGGCGCCUACAAUGCCUUUCAGAUCCGUGCCGGAAACUCGCAGGGGGACUUCUACAUUAGGCAAAUCAACAAUGUCAGCGCCAUGCUGGUCCUCGCCCGGCCCGUGACAGGCCCCCGGGAGUACGUGCUGGACCUCGAGAUGGUCACCAUGAACUCCCUCAUGAGCUACCGGGCCAGCUCUGUACUGAGACUCACCGUCUUCGUGGGGGCCUACACCUUCUGAGGAGUGGGGGGAGCCCUCAGGGAGGGGGAGGUUCCCUGUAGCCGAGGGGCCUGGGGCUCAGGGAUGCCUGCGUUCUGCUAAAAGGGAAGAUGCUGUUGUGAAGGGUAGAGAGAGAAAGGCAAUAAAGGGAGAAAGAAGGAGUCCUGGUGGCUGAGGGGGGUGGGUGACA